AGGCGGCUCCAGGGCGGCCGCGGAGAAACGUGACACACCAGCCCGCUCCGAGGGGUUUCGGACGGAAGGGAAGGAGCAGCGUCGCGUCGUCCGCCUCCCAGCGCUCCGUGGGCACUUCUCCCCGGCUCUCCCCGAACUCCCCCGCGACCUCUGCGCGCCCUCAGGCCGCCUUCCCGGCUCUGGGCUCCGGACAACUUCAGGGGUGGGGUGCAAAGAAAGUUUGCGGCUCCUGCCGCCGGCCUCCCCGCCUCUAGGCCUAGGAGGCUCGCCGCCUGCGCACGCUCGUUCGGCCUUGCCCGGGACCGCGUCCUGCCCCGAGACCGCCACCAUGAACAAGCUGUAUAUCGGCAACCUCAACGAGAGCGUGACCCCCGCGGACUUGGAGAAAGUAUUCGCCGAGCACAAGAUAUCCUACAGCGGCCAGUUCUUGGUCAAAUCCGGCUACGCCUUCGUGGACUGCCCCGACGAGCACUGGGCGAUGAAGGCCAUCGAAACUUUCUCCGGGAAAGUAGAAUUACAAGGAAAACGCCUAGAGAUUGAACAUUCGGUCCCUAAAAAACAAAGGAGUCGGAAAAUUCAGAUCCGAAAUAUUCCACCCCAGCUCCGAUGGGAAGUCCUGGACAGCCUACUGGCUCAGUAUGGUACAGUAGAGAGCUGCGAGCAAGUGAACACCGAGAGUGAGACUGCAGUGGUGAAUGUCACUUACUCCAACCGGGAGCAGACCAGGCAAGCCAUCAUGAAGCUGAAUGGCCACCAGUUGGAGAACCAUGCCCUAAAGGUCUCCUACAUUCCCGAUGAGCAGAUCGCACAGGGUCCUGAGAACGGGCGCCGAGGAGGCUUUGGCUCCCGGGGUCAGCCCCGCCAGGGCUCACCUGUGGCAGCGGGGGCCCAAACCAAACAGCAGCAGGUGGACAUCCCCCUUCGGCUCCUGGUGCCCACCCAGUAUGUGGGUGCCAUCAUUGGCAAGGAAGGGGCCACCAUCCGCAACAUCACUAAACAGACCCAGUCCAAGAUAGACGUGCAUAGGAAGGAGAACGCAGGUGCAGCUGAAAAAGCCAUCAGCGUCCACUCAACCCCCGAGGGCUGCUCCUCUGCCUGUAAGAUGAUCUUGGAGAUAAUGCACAAAGAAGCAAAGGACACCAAAACGGCUGACGAGUUCCCUCUGAAGAUCCUGGCCCACAAUAACUUUGUAGGGCGUCUCAUUGGCAAGGAAGGGCGUAACCUGAAGAAGGUGGAGCAGGACACAGAGACAAAAAUCACCAUCUCUUCGUUGCAGGACCUCACCCUCUACAACCCUGAGAGGACCAUCACUGUGAAGGGGGCCAUCGAGAACUGCUGCAGGGCUGAGCAGGAAAUCAUGAAGAAAGUUCGGGAGGCCUACGAGAAUGAUGUGGCCGCCAUGAGCCUGCAGUCUCACUUGAUCCCUGGCCUCAACCUGGCUGCUGUAGGGCUUUUCCCAGCCUCAUCCAGUGCAGUCCCACCACCUCCCAGCAGCGUUACUGGAGCGGCUCCCUAUAGCUCCUUUAUGCAGGCUCCCGAGCAGGAGAUGGUGCAGGUGUUCAUUCCUGCCCAGGCGGUGGGCGCCAUCAUCGGCAAGAAGGGGCAGCACAUCAAACAGCUGUCGCGGUUCGCCAGCGCCUCCAUCAAGAUUGCACCACCUGAAACCCCCGACUCCAAAGUUCGUAUGGUUAUCAUCACUGGACCACCAGAAGCCCAAUUCAAGGCUCAGGGAAGAAUCUAUGGCAAACUCAAGGAAGAGAACUUCUUUGGUCCCAAGGAGGAAGUAAAGCUGGAGACCCAUAUACGGGUACCAGCCUCAGCAGCUGGCCGGGUCAUUGGCAAAGGUGGCAAAACGGUGAAUGAGUUGCAGAAUUUAACAGCUGCUGAGGUGGUUGUGCCAAGAGACCAGACCCCUGAUGAGAACGACCAGGUCAUCGUGAAAAUCAUCGGACAUUUCUAUGCCAGCCAGAUGGCUCAGCGAAAGAUCCGAGACAUCCUGGCCCAGGUUAAGCAGCAGCACCAGAAGGGACAGAGUAACCAGGCCCAGGCACGGAGGAAGUGACCGGCCCCAUCCCAUCCCAUCGUGUCCAGGACAAUGGGCAGCAAUGGAGAGCGCACUCUCCCCGGCAGGCCUGAGAAUGAGUGGGAAUCCGGGACACCGGGGCUGGGCUGUAGAUCAGGUUUGCCCACUUGCUUGAGAAAGAUGUUCAGUGAGGAACCCUGAUCUCUGCGCCCCAGAUGCCCAACCAAUUGGCCCAACACUGCCCACCCCUCGGGGUGUCACCAUUGAAAUUCUAGCUCAGGGUGCUUUUAAACGUGGAUUAUUUAAGGAAGUUCUCCAGGCCCCACCAAGAGGGUAGGUCAGACUCCAGUGGGAAGAGAAAUAAAAUUUCCUUAAGGUUUUUAAAACAUACAGAGGGGUGGUUUGAUCAGCAUCAAAGGAUAGUUUCUUUCUUGACUCUAAAAUCUUUCCAGCCUUCUUUCCCCUGCUUGGUUAAUUGAUUAAAAUACCUCCAUUCUCAUGCGCUGACAUCACCUCUUCCUAUGUUGUUUUAUCUUUACUGCUACCAGGAAAAAUGCAUUGCUUUGCUUACUGUAUCGACUCAAGGGAGAAGACCCAUCCGAAUCUGUUGUUUAAUUCCAAUCCCUCUCCAACCAGUCAGUAGGUGCAGUAAGUAAUAAGGAAGGGGAAGAAAUGGGGAGAAAGAUGUUUAAAAUAUAUGUCAUAAUCCACGUUUAAAAGGAGUGCCCUGGUAGCUGAUCUAUUUCAGGUCACCAUCUUGAAAAAUUGGCACAAGUGAAAUUCCCCACUCUUCUGGGGCUUCUCCACCACAGUCACGUCUCUGCCCAUGCAGGUCCCAUGUCAUGUCCAGGUGCACGUAGGUGGUGUUGAUUGCUCACAGGGUAGGAGCUGACCACUGUCCCUGAUUCCCAUCAUUCUCAGGCGGAUUUUAUAUUUUUUUAAAGUCUAUUUUAAUGAUUGGAUAUGAGCACUGGGAAGGGGAAACCGACUCCCCUUGAUAAAGUCUCAGUUCCAUGGAGGACUUGAGUGGCCCCAAAGGCUGCCAUGGUGCCCUCAUGCCAGCCCAUUUGCUCCCAUGAGGGCUGGUUCCCAGAGGCAGGGCUUGUUGGGCACUCAGCCAUGGCACUGUUUCCUUGGUGGUGGUGGGACUUGGAAGCCAACCCUGAGCUCCCCAUAAAGCUAAAGUCCAUCAUCUGGCAAAUUUAGUAAAUUGUAGAAUACUUGCUUCUGUUUUUGUAUUCUAGAGGAAUAUUUAAUCGAUGGCUUCUGCCUCCAUGAUUCAUUUAUUGGCAUGAUGAAAAAUGUGUCUAAACAAAAUUCAGAAUACCAGCAGCAUUAUACACAAAGGAGUAAAUAAGCUUAAUUUAUUAAUUUACCAGGCUCAUAAGAUCCGUUGGAAGUUUAGCCCUUAUGGAGGACAGCAGCCAUCAGUUAAAUGAGGUUAGGCCUCCCCUCCUAAUAUACUGAUUGACAAUGCAUAUUAGCCAGGUAAUGCACUUUAGCUUCCCUGGACAAUAAUAGCAAGGGUGCUGGGAAGGGAGGAAGGCCUCUCUCUACACGUGGAAAACCCCAUGCGUGGAGUUCCCCUCCCUCCCAACAUUGCAACAACAAUAACAACAAGACAACCACGACAUGUGGGCGGAGUCAGGCAAUGCUGUGUGCCAAGUAAACUACCUCAAGGUAUGAAGUUACCUCAGCAUUUAUUUUCCUUUUUGUUCCCCCAACCCCAUUUUUGAAAAAAAAAUUUUUUUUGAUUUUUUUCUUUUUGCAGCUUGCUGAUAUUUUAUAUAAAAAGAAAAGCAAAGCAAAAGAGAAGCUGAUAGUCUUGAAUAUUUUAUUUUUUUAAUGAAAAGAAAAAAAUGAGAAAGUUAUGUUUCAUAAUUUCUUACAUGAGCCAGCUAACCCUUUAGGAACUCUCUAUGGAGAACAGGACCGGUGGGAAAGGCAGUGGGGGCUGGCCUCUUGGGAAGAGGCUGGAGCUGAGAGGGAGGCCCAGGUCUGGGAGAGCCCAGAGGGGUAGAGCCCAGAGCCUUGCCUGGCUCUGAUCUCUGGCUUCUAGAGCCCCAUGCUGCUGGCCCCUGCUGGAACAUCCUACCCAGUAGGAUUAAAAGGCCUAGCAGAGCUGUGGGCCCUCAGUGGUCAAAAACUAUGUCCAACAACCAAUUGGCCCUUGGACGCCCCUCUUUCCUCCUUUGGUUAAACAGCAUGCCAGCCGGUUUUUCCCACCAGUGGUGCUGUUGAGAUAUUUUAAAAAAUAUUGCCUCCGUUUUAUCGAGGAGAGAAAUAACUAGAAAAAAUAUACCCUUUUAAAAAAUCUAUUUUUCUCCGUCUAAAAAUAUGGGAGCCAAGAUUCUGUUCAUGGAAGAAAGACAAGGCCACCCUCUCACCCUCAGGGAGGUCCACCUGGUUUGUCAUUGCAAUGCUUUUCAUUUUUUUGUUAUUACAAUGUUUCAUUUCAGUUCCAUCUCAACUUCUUCUUAGUCUAUAUCCAUAAGCCAAGGGGCAAGCAGACACUCAGAUAACUGCACCCCUUCUGUCUCCCUGUCUUCUUUAGAUUGAUUUUUAAAAGUGGACCCAAACUUAGGGAAUUCUUGAUUUAGGGUGGUGGUGGGUGGCAAGGAGGGGCAGGGGAUAUGGGGACGAGACUGGGGCAGGUUCCUGCCUUGUUACCACUUUCUCCCUAUGAUGUUCCGUUGCAGCCCCCAGAACUAACUGGCCCAAAGAGAGGAGAAGCAGGAAAGCAUUUAGGGAUCCUAUGAGGCCAGUAGAAUUAAGCCUCCCCACCUGUCCCAACCACAAUAAGGGUCUCCCAAUGUUCCAUCUCUGGCUCUAUAUGCUUUAUCCCAAGAUGAAGCACAUGACAUUCAGACAUCGGCCAUUUAGUGAUUUAAAGCGAAUUUCCAGCAGCAAGCAUGCUUUGAUAUCUGGUUCAAACUAUCAUCAUCAGAAAGAAAAAAAAUCCCACAGUACCUGAAAUGUGAUUGUUGCAGUGUUCAGUUUCCUUGGGGACCUGCUUCCUUCACACCUUAAGCCCGAGUCCUUUUCCUUUGGCUGUUUGGGCAAGCAGAAAAGACCAGGAAGUGUGGGGCCCGGGGCUAGAAAACUUCACUUGCUUGCAUUAGGCAAGGCUCCACUCAUGGCUGAUUUUUGCCCAGCAGGAAAAUCGUGGAAGUUGUACUACCAGGAAGCAAAAGGAAUACGGUUUGGUGAUUAAAGGUUAGCUAAAGGUUAGCGGGAGGAAGGGCCUGCCUUGGCAGGCAUCCUUUGCUCGAAGGCUAGGUCUUGGGCAGCGCCUCGCCCUCCUAUUCAGCACCUCCAUUUCCCCAUCCAGGGUGAGAUAACGAGAGCUAUUGUGAAAAGCACUUGGGAGAUUUGGAUGAUUUGAGAAAAACGACUUGGAAAAAAAAAACAACAAAAAGCCCAUUUCUGUGCUCUAAGAUAUAUAUGUGUGUAUGUGUGCUACAUAUAUAUUUUUAAGAAAGGACCAUCUCUUUAAGAUAUAUUUUUGAAUUCUUGGAAAUACAAAGAAAACCAAAAUGGUUUGAUUCACUGACUUACUUUGAAGCUGCAUCUGCCAGUUACACCAGAUGGCUUUAAUCCCCUCUAGGGUCUGGUUGCCUUUUGCAGUUUGGGUCAUGGACACUCGGCUCCUGGGAGGGGUCUGGGCAGGAGAGAGCCAUUUGUAAGGACAGGGAGUUGCAUCACCUUUUUCUCUCUUUCCUCCCCUCCUCCCAGUCCGUACCAAUCUUUUUUCCCUUUUCCUUGAGCUCUCCACUUCUGGGGGCAGUUGGGAGCUAUUCUCUUCCUUAUGCCUCGCUAUUGGCAGAAAAGACCCCAUGUAAAACCCAGAGGACACUGGAGGGGGACACUCCAGUUGGUUCUCUGUGUCUGUUUUCCUCUGUGCCAAAGAGAGGCUGUUUCUGAAUCAGAGCGACAGCCGGCUUCUGACACACCUGGGCUGUCGGAGGGGAAGGGCUCCUGGAAGUGACAUGAGCUAAGGAUGGGGCCCUCCCCUCCCGAGGCUUGUAGGGGACUUGGCUAGGGAAGCCCAGAAAAGGGUCCGGGUCCGUUGGCUCCUGGUUGCACUUUGGGGAAGGGGGGAAAGUUUGGGGCUCCAAAUGGCUCCCCCUUGCGGGACUACUCGGUCCCCUGCCCCCACUGCAGAGAUGGCGCGCGGUUCCCUUCAGGCCUGGCAGACGGGCAGUGAGGAGGGGCCUCAGUUAGCUCUCAAGGGUGCCUUCCCCUCCUCCCACCCCAGACAUACCCUCUGCCAAACUGGGAACCAGCAGUGCUGCAUAACUACCUCACAGAGCCCCAGAGGGCCGCUCCAGCCUUCCUGCUCCUCCAGAGAAGCUGAUGCCUCUAGGCAGCCCCUUCCUCCUGCCUGUCCUGGAGGAGGGGGGGGUCUCCUUUCUUUCCCCUGAAGUGUUUAUGGGGAGAUCCCGGUGGCUUUGCCAUUCAAACCACAGGCCACCAGUAGAAGGAAAACAGCACAGCCUGACACAGUAAUUGCAGGAAGAUUGAAGAAAAACCCUCAUCAAUGGCAGGGGACAUAAAAGCCAUUUCCCUUACACAAAUACUCAAUGAUUUAGAUGCAGAACAUUUCUCUUGUAUUCAGACUUAGAGUAACACCAGCUGACACCUUCAGUUUCUUUCCUUUGGAUAGGGAAGGCUUCUCUGCAGGGUGCAGGACAAGGGAGGAGGCCUCAUGUCUGAAGGGGGACGUGGAGGUGAGAGCCGCAUCCCUGACCCUCAGGCCCGUGCAUGGCUUUGGGGCACAGUCUGAUGGUGCCAAUACUGGCACCUUAGUGUGGUGGAAUCCGGAUUGACAAGACAAAAGAAAAAAGAAUUUUUGUUUUCUUAAAGGAAAUAGCAGGAAGCUCCUCGGGAGCAUGUGUUUAACCACAGGUAAUGGAAGCUACGAGUAUAAAUGGAUUAACUACCUCAAUCCUUACAAUAAGAUUGGAGCCGAGGGCAGGGACUCAUGCAUAAGGGUGUGAAUCCCAGCCAGGAGGAGUGAGUUGAGGCUUGUGCCACAAAAGGUUUGUCUUUGGGGAACAGGCAGGCCUGCCAGGAUCCCCCCUCAUAUCGGUUGGGUUGGGAGGGCUGGCCAUUAGGUCCCCCUUUCUGCCUUCCCUGCCCAGGUUUCACCCCCCUUUGCCUCCACCUUUCCUCUCACUCACCUACUAUAGCUUUGUCGAUCAGGUGGUGAGGAAAGGAAUUGCCGCCCCCCCUUCUGCCAGAGGGGGUUGGCUGGAGCGAGACCUGGGGCUUGGCCUGGAACCCGCCACUCAGCCCCAAAGUCACGAAGCCUGGGGAAGCCAGACCUGAGACCUCUUUGACAGGGUUUCUUUGAGAUCCUCCACCUCCACUGUUUCCCUUCUCAGUCUUCAAGGGGAUGGUGGCUCUAGAAGGACAAGAGGUGGCAUAGGAUCCUUUGCCCUGGGAGAGUCUGAGGGCCCAGUCCUUCGGACUCGCUUAGGCCGUCUUUGUGUCUUUGUAGUCGGGGAGUUCCACUGGGCCACCCCAGCCCCUCCCCACCCUCUAAUGGACCUCCUCAUAGAAGCCCCAUUUCACUUUUGUUUUAUCUACCUCUUAGCAAAACAAUAGAGAUAAAUUAGGUAGUGACAACUCCACUUGCUUAGGUUAGGGGGGGAAAAAAGAUUUCUUUUUCCAAAGGAAAAAAAAAUAUUACCUUACAAAUACUUUCCAAAAAAUUUAAAAAAAAAAGACCAAAAAAAAUUUUUUAAAAGAGGGAGACAUUUUCCAGUGACCACUGGAUUGUUUUAAUUUCUCAUACUUUUCCAAACUCUUCUGUUUUCUUUUUUUUUUCCCCCAUAAAUAAGUUUCACUCUUUGGCAAUUUUUUUCACUUGUUUAAGAUAACCUGCUAGCCCUUCUAACAGGUACAGCUUUCACAGCCACCCCUGGCUCGUCUCACCCCCCGCCCCAUUCCUGCCAGUGAGUCCUACCUGCUCUUGUCUUCCCCUCACCCUCCUGGCCAGGUGACUCCAGUCACCCCCCUCCCCCUCCCCCAAGAAAGGCUCUGUGUGUGUUAGGGGUGCUUAAGUCUUGACUCACCCUUUCCUCCUGUGGGGGCUGGGGAGCCGCUUGUAACAUUUCUGUGCAAAUCCUUAUGUAAGCCACUGCUAUGUAAAGGCGCGUUCAAAAUGAAUUUUAGCAGAUGAUGAGUUAUCGUAAUGAAUAAACUUCCUUUACUACCACUUGGAUUCCUUCCUUUCUCCAGAAUCUUGAUCCUGAUCUCUGAAACCAGAGUGAGUCAAAAGAGCCUCCUCCCCUGAGGCAAAGUGGAUUGGGGAGCAGUCCCGGGACAUCACUUAUUCAGGAGAGGGAAACAUUAUGUUUUUGGAUGCAAAUCGGGAAGGGCUGGAGGGCUCCUGCUUGUGACUGUUUUUAAGAAUGACUGCUACCUUCUUCUGUAAUUGCAGCAACUUUGAAAAUUGUAUUUUACUGGAAAUCUGCCAGCCAUCACCACCCUGAUUUUGGUUGUACCCUUCCUCCCAUCCUUGAAUCUGUUCUUGACUUUGUUGGGGGAGGUGGGGCAGCUGGCUCAGACUUUGGAGUUUGUUUUUUUUGAUGGAUGAACAAACACUCCAGUUCUCUUUCCCGUGAAGGUUGUUUCAGCCACAAACCACUUCAUUUCGCUGUUUCAAUUUCAAAAUAAAAGGAAACUUAUAUUGAAAG